UUUGGUUCUAAAAGUUUUUUCACUAAAAACACUUCAAUCAUUUUAAAAGCAUUUCCAGACGAGCAACCAAAACUUCAUAUUCGAAUUCAUCCUCCUCCAUAUCUCCUAUAUUCCACGUAAACCUCCCACUAAGUGCUAGUGCAGUAACUAACUCUACCCCUCACUUCUAUAUUAACCACUCUUCCCACCUCACACCAUCUCACACGUUGCAGCCAGUUUUUCCUCGCAUAAACAAUUUAUCUCCUCGAGAGCCAAAAGAGCUUCUGAAAAAAGCACUUCCCAAAAUGGCCACCUUCAACUGCAACAUGGUUUAUCUGUUUUCUCUGAUGAUGGUUUUCUUCUGGUUUGGUCAUUUCUCGGCCUCCGCCUUCGAGUUCCAGGUUGGUGGAAACAAAGACUGGGUUGUCCCUCCUGCCAACGACACCAAAAUCUACAACGACUGGGCCUCCGAAAACCGUUUCCAAGUUGGCGACACCAUCCGCUUUCACUACAAGAAGGAUUCGGUGAUGGAGGUGACGGAGGCGGAGUACAAGAAGUGCAACUCGACUCGCCCCAGCUUCUUCUCCAACACUGGAAACACCGUUUACACGUUCAACCACUCGGGCUCCUUCUACUUCAUCAGUGGAGCCGCUGGACACUGCGAGCGGGGACAGCGCAUGAUAGUUAAGGUGAUGGCGGCGGAGGAGGAGGACUCUCCGUCCGGUGGCGACGCCAAAAGAUCUUCCGGUGCUGCAGUUUCCUCAGUUGGAGUCUUCAAGCAUGUUCUUGCUCGGUUUGUUAUGUCAUAUGCUGUUGCUUCUGUUAUGUUCUAGUUUGAUUGAUUAAGUUUGUGGAAUGUUAAUUAGGAUGUUGAUUACUGGUUAUUGUUGUUAAUUUGUAGUCUUGGAUGUUGAUUAAUUAGGGGUUUUAUUUCU